GCUGCUUCGCUGGAUCGGAGGAUUCAAACUUCCGGCACUGUCAUGGCGGCAUGCUGCUGUUUCUGACACCGACCAGACCGAAUUCCGAGCCGCCCCUCGUUCGGCCCUCAGCGCGGCGCGGAUCGAGGAGCGCAGGGGUCGCAGACCGCGGAAAAGGCGUCCUCUCCUCCUCCACUUCAUCAUCAUCUUCAUCAUCAUCAUCAUUAGCGGCGGAGGUGCAGGCGUGAGCGGCCAUGGCGGCGCAGAAGCCCGUGGAGUGGGUCCAGGCCGUCAUCACCCGAUUCGACGAGCAGCUUCCUGUGAAAGUCGGCGUGCAGAACACACACACUAAAAUCAGCACAGAGCACAAUAAGGAAUGUCUGAUCAACAUCUCCAGGUACAAAUUCUCCCUGGUCACCAGUGGACUCACCAACAUACUGAAGACCGUCAAUAACAUGCGGAUAUUUGGUGAUACUGCAGAGAAGAACCUUUACCUGUCCCAGCUUAUCAUCAUGGACACACUGGAGAAGUGCCUGGCAGGGCAACCAAAGGACAGCAUGCGUCUGGAUGAGACAAUGCUCGUAAAGCAGUUAUUGCCCGAGAUCUGUCAUUUCAUCCACACGUACCGUGAGGGAAACCAGCACGCGGCCGAGUUGAGGAACUCAGCCUGUGGGGUUCUGUUCUCUCUGAGCUGCAGUAACUUCAGCGCUGUCUUCAGCCGCAUCUCCACCAGGUUGCAGGAGCUGACCGUCUGCUCUGAGGAUAACGUAGACGUGCACGACAUCGAGCUCAUCCAGUACAUCAACGUGGACUGCUGUAAAUUUAAACGCCUCCUGCAAGAAACUGUGUUGAAAUUUAAAGCCUUGAAGAAGCCAGCCCAGUUGAGUGUCAUCUACAAUUUAGAGAAGGCGUUCUGGAACUGGGUGGAAAAUUAUGCUGAUGAAUUCACCAGGCUGUACCAGAGGCCUCAGGCAGACAUGGCUGAGUGUGCCGAGAAGUUGUUUGAUCUGGUGGAUAGUUUUGCUGAGAGUACAAAGAGGAAAGCAGCUGUUUGGCCCCUGCAGAUCAUCCUCCUCAUCCUGUGUCCUGACAUCACUCAAGACAUGUCCAGAGACACGUCAGAUGACGCGAAAGACAACAAGAAACUGUUUUUGGAGAAUCUACGGAAAGCCCUGACUGGUCACAGUGGAAGCAAACAGCUGACAGAAAGUGCAGCAAUUGCCUGCGUUAAACUCUGCAAAGCGUCCACAUACAUCAGCUGGGAGGAUCACUCCGUUAUCUUCCUGCUAGUGCAGUCCAUCGUCAUGGAUCUGAAGGGGUUGCUGUUUAACCCAGCUAAACCGUUUUCCAGAGGCGCAGGGAGCCAGAGUGCAGACUUGGACUUGAUGAUCGACUGUUUUGUCUCCUGUUUCAGAAUCAACCCGCAUAACAAUCAGCAAUUUAAGGUGUGUCUGGCUCCGUCCUCACCUCCUACCUUUCAUUUCGUUCUGGUGAAUUCUCUCCACCGAAUCAUCACUAAUUCCCCGCUGGACUGGUGGCCGAAGAUCGAUACCGUGUACUGUUACUCGGGAGAGCUGCGGCUCAUGUUUGCUGAGACUCUGGGGAGAGCGGUGCAGGGCUGCAGCAGUCACGCCCCCCUCCGUAUGACCUCGAGUUUGACGUUGAAAAUGAGCAGUCUGAAAUUUAAAGAGAAAACCACUGAUCUGGACACCAGGAGUCACAAGUAUCUGCUUUUGGCUUUGGUGAAACUCAUCCAUGCAGAUCCCAAACUGAUGCUACAUAAUCCAGGUAAACAGGGUCUGGAGGUCCACAGCAGCACGGCGGAUCUCGUCACAGGACUGGUGCAGCUUGUGUCUCUUGCUAACAUGGGAGAUAUUUCCCAGGAGGCCAUGGAGGCUCUUUUGGUCCUGCAUCAGUCUGAAAGCAUCGAGCUGUGGAACCCAGAUGCUCCUAUGGAAACUUUCUGGGACAUCAGUUCUCAGGUGCUGUUCUUCAUAUGUAAGAAGCUGUUUGGUCAUCAGCUGAUCAACAGCACUGAGAUUCUGAAGUGGCUGCGAGAGAUUCUCAUCUGCAGAAACAAAUUUCUUCUCAGGAACAAGGAUCGAGCCACAGCAGGCAGCAACAUUGCCAUCUGCCGGCAGCCCCAGACCAAGCUGGAGGUCUGUCUUUACAUGUUCCUGUGGAGUCCAGACAUGGAGGCAGUUCUGGUGGCUACGUCCUGUUUCCGCUACCUGUGUGAGGAGGCAGACAUCCGCUGCAGUGGGGAAGACAUUCCUGUGCAGUCCCUUCUGCCAAACUACAACACUUUCAUGGAGUUUGCAUCUGUUAGUAACAUGAUGAUUGCAGGUCGUUCGGCUCUACAGAAGAGAGUAAUGGCUUUGCUUCGGAGGAUUGAGUUGCCCACCCCGGGAAACACAGAGGCCUGGGAGGAGACACAUGCUAAAUGGGAACAUGCAACCAAAUUAAUUUUAAGCCACCCGAAAACGAAACUAGAAGACAGUCAGGAAUGGAUCAAUAUGACAGGCUUCCUGUGUGCGCUGGGUGGAGUGUGUUUGCAGCAGAGGAACACGUCUGCUCUGGCCACAUACAGUCCUCCCAUGGGCACCCUGAACGAUCGCAAGGGCUCCAUGGUGUCCAUGGCCUCGUGUGAGGGGAACCCAGAGACACCGCUGAAUAGAUUUCUGGACCGUCUUCUGUCGCUGAUGGUGUGCAAUCAUGAGAAGGGCUACCAGAUCCGCACUAACGUCAAAGACCUGGUGGGGCUGGAGCUCUGUCCAGCGCUGGGCAUGCUGAUAAGCAACUCGUUAAUAGUGAGAGUUAGUCCCUAUACUAAAUUUAUAGUAAAUUUUUUUCAUUCUUGCAAUUUUGACAAAACCUCAUCUAUGUUACCCUAACUGUUGAUUCCUGUGUGCUUAAACCAUAAGUAUUAUGCUUGUUGGUAUGUUGGCAGGUAUGUGCAUAUUCUUGGCAACAUGGUUCAUGCCAUCCAGAUUAAAACCAAACUGUGCCAGCUGGUAGAGAUCAUGAUGGAGCGCAGAGAUGACCUCUCUUUCUGCCAAGAGAUGAAGUUCAGGAAUAAGAUGGUGGAGUAUCUGACAGACUGGGUGAUGGGGGCAUCCAACCAGGCAGCUGACGAAGAUGUCAAAUGCCUCACAAGGGAUCUGGAUCAGGCCAGUAUGGAGGCAGUGGUGUCUCUUCUGGCUGGGCUGCCCCUUCAGCCAGAGGAGGGGGACGGUGUGGAGCUGAUGGAGGCCAAAUCUCAGCUCUUCCUGAAGUACUUCACUCUGUUCAUGAACCUGCUGAACGACUGCAGUGAAGUGGAGGAUGAGGGUCAGCAGGUGGCUGGACGUAAGCGAGGGAUGUCCAGGCGGCUGGCGUCGUUAAGGCACUGCACCGUCUUGGCCAUGUCCAACCUGCUCAACGCCAAUGUGGACAGCGGCCUUAUGCACUCUAUCGGGCUGGGCUAUCAUAAGGACCUUCAGACCAGGGCUACGUUCAUGGAGGUCCUCACUAAGAUCCUGCAGCAGGGGACAGAGUUUGACACACUGGCAGAGACCGCGCUGGCCGAUCGCUUUGAGAGGCUUGUGGAACUUGUCACAAUGAUGGGGGAUCAGGGGGAGUUACCUAUCGCCAUGGCGCUGGCCAAUGUGGUCCCUUGUUCACAGUGGGAUGAACUGGCCCGUGUUCUGGUGACUCUCUUUGAUUCGAGGCAUCUCCUGUAUCAGCUCCUGUGGAAUAUGUUCUCCAAGGAGGUGGAGUUGGCAGAUUCCAUGCAAACGCUGUUCCGUGGCAACAGCCUGGCCAGUAAAAUCAUGACGUUCUGUUUUAAGGUAUACGGGGCCACGUAUCUGCAGAAGCUGUUGGAGCCGUUGCUCAGGGCAGUGAUCACGGGUACUGAGUGGCAGAUGCUGAGCUUUGAGGUGGAUCCCACCAGACUUGAGACUGGUGAGAAUUUGGAGGAGAACCAGCGCAAUCUGUUACGGAUGACCGAUCGUUUCUUUCAGGCCAUAAUCAGCUCAUCUGGCGAGUUUCCUCCUCAGCUCCGCAGCGUCUGUCACUGUCUCUUUCAGGCUACUUGUCACUCUCUCCUGUCUAAAGCAUCUGUCAAAGACAGAAAGGAAGUGAGGAAAGCAGUGGUGAGACAACGUUUCCCACAGAACAGUAUUGGAGCAGUAGGUAGUGCCAUGUUUCUGCGUUUCGUGAACCCGGCUAUAGUCUCUCCCUACGAGGCUGGGAUUCUCGACAAAAAGCCUUCACCCAGGAUAGAAAGAGGCCUUAAACUCAUGUCAAAGAUGCUGCAAAGUAUUGCCAACCAUGUUUUGUUCACGAAAGAGGAGCACAUGAGGCCGUUUAAUGACUUUGUGAAGGGUAAUUUUGAUGCAGCCAGAAGAUUUUUCCUGGACAUCGCCUCUGACUGCCCGGCGAGUGACUCUCUCAGCCACAGCCUGUCCUUCGUUAGUGAUGGGAAUGUUUUGGCCCUGCACAGGCUGCUGUGGAACAACCAAGAGAAAAUCGGCCAGUAUUUGUCUAGUAACAGGGAUCAUAAAGCUGUUGGAAGGAGGCCCUUUGAUAAGAUGGCCACCCUGCUUGCUUACCUGGGUCCCCCAGAACACAAACCUGUAGCAGAUACUCAUUGGUCCAGCCUGAAUCUCACCAGCUCCAAAUUUGAGGAGUUUAUGACAAGACACCAGGUGCAUGAGAAAGAAGAGUUUAAAGCGUUGAAGACUCUUAAUAUCUUUUACCAGGCUGGAACCUCAAAGAACGGAAACCCUGUGUUUUACUAUGUAACUCGCAGAUUCAAGACAGGACAGAUUAAUGGGGACUUACUCAUAUACCACGUCCUUCUCACCCUCAAACCGUACUAUGCCAAGCCCUACGAGCUAGUAGUGGACUUGACGCAUGCUGGUCCGAGCAACCGCUUCAAGACCGACUUCCUCUCCAAAUGGUUUGUUGUCUUUCCAGGAUUUGCUUACGAGAAUGUGGCUGCCAUCUACAUCUAUAACUGUAACACAUGGGUACGAGAAUACACCAAAUAUCAUGAGAGACUGCUGACGGGCCUCAAGGGCAGUAAGAAGUUACUGUUCAUUGACUCGCCCGCACGGCUGGCUGAGUAUGUGGAACCUGAGCAACAGAAGCUUCCGGCAGCUACUCUUGCACUGGAAGAAGACCUGAAGGUCUUUCAUAAUGCCCUAAAACUGGCCCACAAAGACACCAAAGUGUCCAUUAAGGUGGGCAGUACAGCAGUACAGGUGACCUCAGCCGAAAGAACACGAGUCUUGGGUCAGUCUGUCUUCCUCAACGACAUCUACUAUGCUUCAGAGAUUGAGGAAAUCUGCCUAGUGGAUGAAAAUCAGUUCACACUGACCAUUGCUAACCAGGGCACGCCGUUAACCUUCAUGCACCAGGAGUGUGAGAGCAUAGUUCACUCGAUUAUCCACAUCCGUACACGUUGGGAGCUCUCUCAGCCUGACUCCAUUCCCCAGCACACCAAAAUUAGGCCCAAAGAUGUACCGGGGACCCUUCUCAACAUUGCCCUCCUCAACCUGGGCAGCUCUGACCCAAGUUUAAGGUCUGCAGCUUACAACCUCCUGUGUGCCUUAACAUGCACCUUUAACCUAAAGAUUGAAGGCCAACUGCUGGAGACUUCCGGCCUCUGCAUCCCUGCCAAUAAUACCCUCUUCAUUGUGUCCAUUAGCAAGACUCUAGCAGCUAAUGAGCCUCACCUGACCCUGGAGUUCCUGGAGGAGUGUAUCUCCGGCUUCAGCAAGUCCAGUAUAGAACUAAAGCACCUGUGUUUGGAGUACAUGACUCCCUGGCUACUGAACCUGGUACGCUUCUGCAAGCACAGCGAUGAUGCUAGGCGUCAACGAGUCACAGCCAUUCUGGACAAACUCAUUACCAUGACAAUCAACGAAAAGCAGAUGUAUCCAUCCAUUCAGGCUAAGAUCUGGGGAAGCCUGGGACAGAUAACAGAUCUACUUGAUGUAGUUCUGGACAGUUUUAUUAAAACCAGUGCAACAGGAGGUCUCGGAUCCAUCAAAGCUGAAGUGAUGGCAGACACAGCAGUGGCUUUGGCAUCUGGUAACGUCAAACUGGUGUCUAGCAAGGUGAUCAUUCGAAUGUGUAAAAUCAUCGAUAAGACGUGUCUAUCACCCACACCGACAUUGGAGCAGCACCUGAUGUGGGAUGAUAUCGCUAUCCUGGCCAGGUACAUGCUCAUGCUGUCCUUCAACAACUCUCUGGAUGUAGCCGCCCACUUGCCCUACCUCUUUCAUGUUGUGACCCUGCUGGUGGCCACGGGGCCUCUUUCGCUGAGGGCAUCCACGCAUGGCCUGGUUAUCAACAUCAUCCACUCCCUCUGCACAUGCUCCCAGCUGAGUUUCAGCGAGGAGACCAAGCAGGUGUUGCGUCUAAGUCUGACAGAGUUCUCCCUGCCAAAGUUCUAUCUGCUGUUCGGCAUCAGCAAGGUCAAAUCGGCUGCGGUCAUCGCCUUUCGUUCCAGCUACAGGGAUCGUUCGUUCUCUCCGGGCUCGUACGAGAGAGAGACCUUUGCUCUGUCAUCCCUGGAGACGGUUACCGAGGCAUUGCUGGAGAUCAUGGAGGCAUGUAUGAGGGACAUUCCAGGUUGUAAAUGGCUGGACCAGUGGACCGAUCUGGCGCAGAAGUUUGCAUUUCAGUACAAUCCGUCCCUGCAGCCACGGGCUCUUGUGGUAUUUGGUUGCAUCAGUAAACAGGUCACACAUACUCAAAUUAAACAAAUCAUACGGAUCCUGAGCAAGGCCAGCCCUCUACUCAGCAUCGACCGGGGUUUGGAGAGCUGCCUGAAGGGAUCUGAUAACUGUAACAGCCAGGUGCUGAUCGAAGCAACCGUCAUUGCCCUCACUAAACUACAGCCUCUGCUCAACAAGGACUCACCAAUGCACAAAGUACUAUUCUGGGUCGCUGUGGCCGUGCUGCAGUUGGAUGAGGUGAAUCUGUACUCAGCCGGAACUGCUCUGCUGGAACAAAACCUACACACACUCGAUAGUCUGCGAGUCUUCAACGCUAAGAGUCCUGAGGAGGUUUUUAUGGAGAUUCGUCAGCCUCUGGAAUGGCACUGUAAACAGAUGGACCAUUUUGUUGGUCUCAACUUCAACUCCAACUUUAAUUUUGCUUUGGUCGGGCACCUGUUGAAAGGGUUUAGACACCCAUCUCCCACCACAGUGGCACGCACCAUCCGGAUCCUGCACAUGCUGUUGGCUUUGGUUGGAAAACACCUGAACUGUGAUAAGUUUGAGGUGAACACACAGAGCGUUGCAUAUCUGGCAGCUCUCCUCCCAGUGUCAGAGGAAGUGCGUAGCCGCUGCAGCCUGAAACACAGGAAGUUGUUGCUCCUCUCUGAUGUUACCAUGGAGAAUGUUCCCAUGGAUACGUACUUCCUACAUCAUGAAGAUCCUAGCUGCAGAACGCUCCAGGAAAGCCAGCUGUGGGCAUCCCCAAAAGUCUCAGAACGGUACUUGGUGGCCCAGUACCCCAUAGUGGGGCAGAUCAGCCCACGAACACGCAAAUCCAUGAGCCUGGACAUGGGGCAACCUUCCCAGGUCAACACCAAGAAGCUUCUAGACACCAGAAAAAGCUUUGACCACUUGAUAUCAGACAGCAAAGCACCGAAGAGGCCUGAAAUGGAAUCGGGUAUCACAACCCCGCCCAAGAUGAGAAGAGUUGCUGAAAACGAAUAUGAAAUUGAAACCCCAAGAAUGACACAUCACCACCUGCGGAAGGUCUCGGUGUCUGAGUCCAAUGUCCUGCUAAAUGAGGAAGUUCUCACCGAUCCUAAAAUCCAGGCACUGCUUCUUACUGUGCUGGCCACUCAAGUGAAAAACACAUCGGAUGAAUUUGAGCAGAGGAUCCUGUAUGAGUUUCUAGCUGAGGCCAGUGUUGUCUUCCCAAAGGUCUUUCCUGUUGUUCACAACCUCCUGGACUCAAAGAUUAAUACUUUGUUGUCGCUGUGUCAGGACCCAAAUCUUUUGAACCCAGUCCAUGGAAUUGUGCAGAGUGUAGUUUAUCAUGAAGAGUCGCCACCUCAGUACCAAACAUCCUACCUGCAAACUUUUGGGUUUAAUGGACUCUGGAGGUUUGCUGGUCCUUUCUCUAAGCAAACUCAGUUCCCAGACUAUGCGGAGCUGAUUGUCAAGUUUCUGGAUGCACUGAUUGAUACCUAUCUGCCCGGCAUCGAUGAGGAAACGAGCGAGGAGGGUCUGCGGACACCCACCUCACCAUACCCUCCACCUGUCCAGAGCCAGCUCAGCAUCACUGCCAACCUCAACCUCUCUAAUUCAAUGACCUCACUGGUCACCUCCCUGCAUGCACCAGGAAUCGAUAAAGAGAAGGUGGAUCUGUCCCCCACCACGGGUCUGGCAGCUAGCGGACGCACACGCCACGGUUCAGCCAGCCAGGUCCAGAAACAACGCAGCACCGGCAGCUUUAAAAGACCUAGUAUCAAAAAGAUUGUAUGAGACCUACAGCACAGCAGGGUUUAGCCCCUGCUGGAGCUCUGACAUAUAUUGCGCUGCAUUUUAUGCAGUUUCUCUUCACUUCUGCUAAACCCACCAUUUACGGUUAUCUUUAGGUUCUCUUGAAACUGUUCAGCCGUGUUUACCAGGAAUCAAAAUAAACUGAACGCCUCUUUUAAAACCAGUCACUGUUUGACAAAGUAUGGGAGGAAGUCCAAUAAGUUUUUGGUUUUGUUUGUGCAUAACAGAAUUUUAACUUGUUUAUUUUAUUUUAUUUUCUUACUUUUGAAUCACAGACAUUGUUUAAAAGCACUAAUUUCUGUCUUAAAUUUAAUAGAUGAAAGUAUUAACCAAGUGCCAUUCUUUUGUUCAGAUGUAUUUGAUUUUAUUUACUUUUGUGGUCGUUUCUUUUUAGAAUGAUUUUGUUUCCUGGAAAGUCAGUGCUAAUGAGCAAAAAUUUGUGAGCUGUACCCUAAAACAAAAAUGUACAAUCGUUAAUGCAGUGCUGCAAGAAUGAACCUUUAAUAGACUUUCAAUUUUAUAGUACAAGGAGGAAAUAUUUGUAAGAGACGAGUUAAGUUGCUGGUCCAUCUAAACUAUGAUCCCCGUCCAAAACCCCACUUACUUUACCAAAUUUCUUUGUGUGAAUUUCUGAAUUUUGAUUGGCCUGAUCUAUCUGAAAUGUAUUUGCUGUUAUUUGUCAAUCUAUUACAGCUCUUGUGGUGGUUAUGAUCUGUCAGUUUUGGAUCAGAGGGGAAAGUUUUAAGACUGAAUGUAAUUUGGCGUAUAAAAAAAAGCAGUUUUGCAGGAAAAAUAACAGUCAGCUGAAAAAACAUUCAGAUAUAAAAAAAAAAGGGGGGGAGACAGCAAAGAUCUCAUUGGGUUUCACUAUGAUAUAUGGCCCCUUGAACAAAAAGAGAUUGAAAAACUUGCUUUUUUAGGGACAAUUCUCAUGCUUUUCUCAAAGUCUACUUGAGCCUUAUUUCUCAGCAUGUUUUGUUUCUUUUGCUUUGUGAACUUUAACAUUCUGGGUUCCACAAGUCUGUACCAUCCAGUUUGGAGUUUGUUGGACUGCAACAGGUUUUAUUUACUGGUCAUGUACAGUACAUGUUAUGCCCUGUGUGCUGAUGUUUGUAUCUUUGUUUUAUUUUCCUCUCAAAUGAAAUCCAAGCUUGAAAUCUUUUAUCGUUACCCCAUAUACAAUGGUGCCAUUUUUACUCUUAGACAUGUUGAAAUCUGUGUAUGUGGGGUGGGGGUCGAUUUGAUUUUUUUCAGUUCUAAUCGUUUUUAUAUUGGUAUGUCUUAACAUGAGAAAUGUCAAGGGUUGAACAGGACUUUAGUAAUGGCAGAGAUUGUUGGAUGUUUCAAACACUAGAGUGAAGUUUUUUUCUCUUUCGGCACUUGAGGUUAUGCAAAUUUUACAUAAUUGUUCUCUUUUGUUUCUUUUUUUUUUAUGCGGAGAGCUUCAACUCUGUAAAAAAAAUUGUGUAAAAAUAGAAAAGUAUAUUUACUACACUGUAAAUACAAGUGACUAUGACAUUGUAUUAUUUAGCUUUUUGUAAAGCAGUUAAUUACUGAAUAUGUACAACAUUAAAUAUGAAUUACUGUCAAUCAUGUUCACUGCAU